CCCGCAAGGACGGCCCAAGGGCGCUCACGUCCCUCGGCGAAGGAGACCCGCCGCGGCCAUGGCCUCCUCCAAACCCCUGUCCCGCUUCUGGGAGUGGGGCAAGAACAUCGUCUGCGUGGGGCGCAACUACACGGAGCACGCCAAGGAGAUGGGGAACGUGGUGCUGCAGGAGCCCCUCUUCUUCCUCAAGCCUUCCUCGGCCUACGUGCGUGAAGGCUCGCCCAUCCUCCGGCCCUACUACUGCAACAAGCUGCACCACGAAGUGGAGCUGGGGGUGGUGAUCGGGAAGAGAGCCCAGGCCGUGUCCCAGGAGGCCGCCAUGGAGCACGUGGCAGGCUAUGCCCUCUGCUUGGACAUGACGGCCAGGGACGUCCAGGAGGAGUGCAAAAAGAAGGGUCUGCCCUGGACCUUGGCCAAGGGCUUCCGUUCGUCGUGCCCGGUAAGCGACUUUGUGCCCAAGGAGAAGAUCCCGGACCCUCACAAGCUGAAGAUCUGGCUCAAGGUGAAUGGAAAGCUGAGGCAGGAGGGGGAGACAUCCUCGAUGAUCUUCUCCAUCCCUUACCUGAUCAGCUACAUCUCUGAAAUAGUCGCCCUGGAAGAAGGGGACUUGAUUCUGACGGGGUCUCCCGAAGGAGUUGGGUCUGUGCAGGCCAACGAUGAGAUAGAGGCUGGGAUAACUGACAUCCUCUCCAUGCGGUUUAAGGUGGCACAGCAAAUACGUGGAUCCUAACCGGGAGCUGGGCUGGGCCCCUGUCUGCGUCGGAAGAGGCUUUUUUG